AUGUGGGGCGACACCCCGGAGAGUCGCCAGGGUGAGGAUAUUUUUGACCUGCGGCGGCUCUUCGGGGAGGAAGAGGAAGAGGAGGAACGUGAAAGAGAUGAGGAAGAGCAGGAGGAAGAGCAGGAGGAAGAAGAAGAAAUUUGGGAUUGGGAGGGAGAAGAGACGCUAACGCAUGAGAUCGGUCACACUCUGGGUCUGACUCACAGUCUGAGGGAAGAUUCGAUCAUGUACGCGUAUACGCCUUCGGAGGAAAGGCGAUAUCCGCUCAGACUGAGCAUAGAGGACGUCAUAAGCGUGCGAAAUCUCUACGGAUCGAGAGAGACGACGAAUCCUACGAUCGUCGGCGCUACUCCGACGACCGCGACGACGACAACGGCUACGACGCCGCUCGCUCCCGCCAAUACCGUGAUCAAUCUAUGCGCCUUGAAGCGCAUAGACGGAGCGUUAAUCAUGAAUCAUCGCUUGUACGUCGCGCAACGUGUGGCCUAUCGAUAUGAGAGACCCUCGGGCGAUAUCGCGAUAUUCGCCGGCGACUACGUCUACCUUGCCGAUUCGAAUUUUCAACUUAAAGCGGGAUGGCCGAGAUCCGUCGAAUACGUUGGAUUUCCGCGCAAGGCUAGGAUAAACGCCGCGAUAAACACGCACGCUGGACGCAGCUACAUCAUAUACAACGACGAUAAAAUAGCUGAGAUAAACGACUGCGCAAUGACCGCUACGAGGCAUGGCGCUCUGCGGGAUACGUUUUCCGGGAUACCGUCCGCGAUAACGGCAGCCUUCAGCCACGCCGAUGGUAAUCUCUAUUUCUUGAAGAAACGCGAGUAUUACGCGUACAGCGAAUUCACCAACGCGAUAAUCUCAGCCAGUCCCUUCGAUCUUCGUAUACUGGGAAUAGAAUGCCCCGCCAAUAGCAUUCUGCAUCGAUUGAGCGAACUCGUCUCCAAGCUGUAUCGUCUGAAAUACACAUCCUUCGAAAGACCGCGCAACGACGGCGACGAUGAUGACGACGACUAA